AUGGUUCUCAUUCUAGCCACCGCACUUGUGAGAUAGGUAGUUGCCAGUUGCCGAUUAUCCGACGUGAGCGACAGUGCAUGUGAAACAUCAAUAGAAAAAAAUUGUGAUCGAGAAGAAAAAAACCCGCAAAGGGUGAGACAGGAAGAAACUUGAGAAACUAUGGCCGUAUCAGCAACUCCGCCGGUGCUUUCCCAAACCUCUACUCUGGAGUCUGGCAGCUUAUUUCGCUCCGAUCCGCUGUAUACAAGCCCGGCCGAGUCCCCGAGACUGACAAACAGCAUGAUCAACUCUUUCAUCAGCGGAGGAGGCGGUGGAAAUGGAAACGGCACAAGCGGCAAUAACGAGUGCAAAAUGGUUGAGGUGCACGGGGUCAGGGUCGCCUCGUUCAACGUGGACGGUCAAGAACUCAUCUGCCUGCCGCAGGUCUUCGACCUCUUCCUGAAACAUCUGGUCGGAGGGCUGCACACCGUCUACACCAAGCUGAAGCGGCUGGAUAUAUGCCCGGUCGUGUGCACGGUGGAACAGGUCCGAGUUCUGCGCGGGCUUGGGGCUAUUCAGCCCGGGGUGAAUCGCUGCAAACUCAUCACCCGCAAGGACUUCGAAGCGCUGUACAACGACUGCACCAAUGCCAGGUUGGUUGUUUCCUUCUUAUCAUGUUUCAUAUGCAUCUCCACUGCGAUACCCCAAAAGCAGAGCAGAGAGGGGCAAUGAACUAAAUGUUUUCCACCAACUUUUUCUGUAGAUGUACCAAGUGAGGUUAAUCAAAAAUGUGUAGCAAACGCUGCAUUCGGCUACACUGUGUCUUUCAGUUACCAGUGCUGAAAUAAAUAAUACAAGCACGAGCAAAAUGAUGCUUAGGCUAUUAUAUUAGGAAUAAACAUUAAAGCAUUGUGGACAGUUCGCUCAAUCAUUGACAACUUCUGUACCCUUCACUCUCUCUGUCUCUCUUGAACACACACGCACUAGUUCUAUCUAAAUAGAGGCUACAAUUGUCCCAUAUCCAUUUUAUAGACAGCAAUGUAUGAGGGAAGUAGUUGAGUUAUUCAUAACUUAAGCAAUCCCCCCUAUAGCUGCAGCUCGUUGUUUCAUCGUGUAUCAAAGCUCUAGAUCGUUUCCCCACAUACUUACAAUAUGUUGGCAUUGAGGAAAAUAACUUUUAAUUAUAUAACCCCUUUUCUCACUUUGACGUUCACCUUAUUGACCUUCAAUGUGGUGCAACAUAAUUUUUCUAUAAAGCCUAAUUAAUAUUCAGAUCACAACAAUAUCAUAAACAUGACAACAGUAAGCUUACUGCUUGACUGUUCAUUUCGAAUAUUUAUUAGGAUUUUCACUAAGAAGAAUUAUGUUCUUGUGGUUUGUUAUUGAAGCACGUCUCACCAUUAAGCAUUAUGCCAUUCCGGCGUCAUUCAGGAGCAAUAGAGCAGGUUGUGGUAGAUGAAGUUUAAGUUCCUUCAUUUAAGUUCCUCAAGUCCACCUGAGUGUAAUUUCAUAUAAAUCCCAUAAAUCUAUAUCAUUGUAAUGAGCAGGCAAACAUGUAAGUCCAACUCUCUUUUGCUAAAGCACCAAAUUAAACAGACCGUUGUGUCUCUGUAUAUAAUCCAUUAGAUUCUACCAGUGAGAAAAUAUAAUUAAAAGUAAGGAUGAGAAAAGUUUUAGAUGUGGAUUUCACUUAAUAAGGCUACAUUUGUGGGCAUUAUUUCUGUCACUGAAUAAUUCCGUGCCAGUUAAAGCAGGACAAACCACGUUAAAUAAUAUAGAUUUUUCUUACUAAUGCCACUGGGCACAGACUUCAAUUCAACGUCUAUUCCACAUUGGUUCAACAUAAUUUCAUUAAAAUGACUUGGAAACAACGUUGAUUCAACCAGUGUGUGCCCAGUGGGAUCUCUCCUCUCCCUUUCCCCUCGAAUUGAUCUUCAACCCGUGCACCGUGCUGGCUGUGCGCUGCAGAUGUUGCUUGUGUGUUUAAUAAAUCAAUGAGACAGUUGUGAAUGAAUCACCUCGGAUGGAUUCUCUGCUCGGUUUGAUGUCCAGAUGUUAUUCUUAGCUUGUUAUCAUGACAGAUGCAUUAGUGUUCCCAUACAAUGUUAGCUGAGGAAAAUAACUCUUAACAGACCAGUGCCCUCUUUUCCCAAGAGCUUUAGCAUUCUGAACCUCAACGGUUUUCCCCCUCAUUGUCUCGUUGUACAUAAUUGCAACUUUUAUUCUCCAGCAGCUCCUCCGGCUACUUCGACAAUAAGCCAUGCUGAUCAUUCGCCACAAAAGAGGAGGCUGGUAAUUCAAUACAAAGACAGGAUUUUCACAUGUGAAAAUAAACAUAACAAAAAGUUACCUUGAAUAGAUGCUGGACCCACGAAUGCGCAUCAGGGUUGCUGUUAUAUCAUGUAGAUUAAGACAAGGCAUGGAUGGUGAUUAUACAUUGGCAUUUAAUCAAUAGAUAUGUAAUGAUGAUGAUGAUGAUUGUAAUAAUAGUUGGGAAACCGAAAGAGAAAUAUAUUUGUGUGUCCCGCUGUCACAACACAGACACACUAUUCACUCCGAAAAUCACAGCAUAUAAGACCUUAUAACACAUUUGAUUUUUUUGACCACAUCAUUUAAUUUCGUCUUAAUUAAUUAUGCGUCAAAAAAAAUUAAGUACUUUAUGCUAAACUUUUUGUCUUUAUUUUGCAAUUUGCCAACAUCAAACAUUUUUCAUAUGACAUCUUGACUAUCUAUUUGAAAUCAAAUACCUUUCCAUUUCUGACCCAUUAACGGAUCAAGCAUGUGUUUUCAAGUCUGAUAUAUUUUGAUAGGAUUGGUGUAUUGAUUACAGAUAAAGUGGACAAUUGUGCCGUAGGAGUAAGCGUAAGGCUUAUUUUGACCGCUAUUUUUAUUUUAUUUUAGUUAACUUUCAUUAUAAGACAUUUCAAAGGUUUCAGUAUUCAGUCUUUCACUUUAUACAGCGUUCAAGUGAACUACAUCAAUAUUUGCAAAAAAAGUUGAAAUAUUUUGAAACGUCUGUCUUACCCAUACCUAAUAUAAUAUUCAAUUAAACAUCCGGCUGUCAGAAAGGGGUUCAAGAUGAUUGUAUCUCUCGGUGGUGAGUUUGGUGUGUGAAUGACAAGGGAGUGCAUGGAGAGGAUACAAUAAUGCAUUAAAUGUCCUCAACACGAGCUAGACUACUCUUGUGACACACACACACUUUCAAAUGGAGAUAAUCUGCUUUGGGGUUAUGUUUGGAGAGGAAUAUAGAUGAUAUUUUACACAGCGAUCACUGAGAGAGAGGGUGAAGCAGAGGCAUGGUGGGAGAGAGAGGCAGGCAGGAAUAUGUUAGUAUUUCAUGUCCAGAUGGUCAGUUUGGGCAAGAUUCGGUCAUUAACCUUUUAGCAUCCCUCACCUCGACUUUACAAUCCCUGGAUCUAUUAUUACGUUUGACUUUGAUCUGUUGCACUUGUCAAAUGUACCCUACGAGAGAGAGAUUCUAUAUUUGUAUUAGAAGUGAACUGGUUACUAUAAUACUUCAUUCACUGCAAUGUUGAAGGUUAUAGUGUAGGCUAUGUGCUGCUCACUUCACAAAGAUUGCAGCCAAUGAUGGGUAAUGUUAUUGCCUGAGUAAUACCGAAUGGGUGGCAAGAGAUUUGAAUUUGCACCUCGGCCUCCGUUCUUUACAGCUCACCUGCCUGCGCGCGCCCAUCUGAGCGCUGUUUUUAUAGUCCGAUUUAAACAUCAUCCACCAUCCCAUCACCAGAUGGUUGUAACUAAUGAGUGAACAGGCCUAUCCCUCCUCCUGCCCCCCCUUUUUUUAUUUGGCGAAGGGACGGGAGAGAAUGAAAGCGAGGGAAAGAAAACGUGUGGAUAUCCCUUCAUGGACGCAGUGCAUAUCUCUCAGUAGACGCAGGAAGCCUGUAAACUGGAAUAGGUGAUAGAGUCAUCGGGAAAUCUAAACAUCUCGACAAAACCUUUAGCACUGACACGGACAAUUUGAAAACGGGAAAAUGUCCAAAUCAGCAAACAUAGGCACCACUUAGGGCUCCUUUUAUGAUAUCUCAGCUCGCGAUUGAUCUCCAUGUUUUUAUUGCAUUCAUUAUUUAUUAAAAAUAAUUUGCAAGCUAAACAUAACGCUAACCUAGUUUGCACUGGGGGACUGCACUUAGGAAAUGUAAUGGAAAUGACAUUAGAGAUGAACAUCUGUGCUGUUUUUCCACUCUCCUCGUGUUUCUUCCCUCAAAGGUGUAUUGGAUUAACCAUUUAACCAUUCACCGAAUGCAGAUGACCAUGAGAGACAAAACAAUUGCUGCUGACUGAAGAGACCAGAGAGGUCUUGGAGAUAGCUUGUCGAGGAGAUCAGUGAGGCCUUUAAACAUUAGUCUUCUAAACGAGAUGUAACAGGUUCCUUGAGGCUCAGUGAGUCAUAACCCACAUCACUCCUAAUCAGACAUUUUGGUUAGAAAUCAAUGAAAAUUGAACUUAAUCAUAAUUAAUGAUAACCUUGUGAGUUUUUAAAAAGCCAAACGGAAUAAGCUUCUUCUUUCCUUAUUUUAAGUCAUUCAUCUAUAAAGGCUUGCUUUAAUUCCCCAGGAUGCCCGGAUAAAAAUCACAGCUGCACAUUUUAACACCAGGUUUCCUAAAAAAAAAUCUUCAGAUUUUCUGCUUGAUUAUAAUCUGUGGCUAAAUGUGAGGUUAUGGAAAUGUUUUGUCAGAUCUAUGGUGGAUGGGUACAUUGGCCAAACCACUGUCCUUUCCUUUGCUUGUGUUUGUGUGGUGAAUCAGUACAUGAUCCCUUGUCCUGUGGCCUCCACAGAGUGUCCCGUACUGUAUGUUGAUAGAGAAUACCCCAGUGAUGUCUGGGUGAAAUCAGAGACUGAAGUACAGUAUCUGCUCCAGAAACAGGUUCAUGUUUUGCUGUGUGUGUGUGUAUAGAGGUGCCGUUGGUUGUCAGUGUGUGUUGGCCAGUCUAACUGGUCCAUAUGGACAGCUCUCUGCCUGUAGCCUAGCCCUGGGCAGCGAUACACCCGGUUGAGCACGCCACCCAAGACACACCCCUGUCUCCUCUAAUCUCCUCAAUCAGCAGGGAGCGUGUCACUCUGUCUAGAACCACCACUGCUCCUUAAUGUCAACCAUAAAUUAUACACUGGCUUCUGCUUCAGCUUGAUUUUAUUACAUAUCUGCUCCCACUGCCCUUUACUACUUUAAAUAAUAAAUUAACCCCACUUGAUGUGAAGAGUUGCACCAAGCACUGUCAAAGCUCUGGAGAGAUGAGCCUCAUUAAAUAGUGAAGGAGUGCUUUUUGUUUUUCUGUUUAGAUGGCCUUUAAGCAUGGCCCUCU